UGGCCAAAAAAAAAAAAAAAAAACCUUUGUCCCCGUGCUUUAGAUAGUUGGCUUGGCUGGCUUUUUCGCUCUGCAAACUUUGAAAUGGUUCGUAUUCAAAAGAACACUCAAUAAAGCUAAAAAACCACCACCCAAAGUUUCUCUGUGUACUCUAUGGCAGAGCCCAAAAACAAAGCACUCCUUUCAAAAAGAAUUCACCUUUUUCUUUCGCUAAAGCCUGUUAUAUAUAUAUAAGUUAACACACUCAAAAAACGAAAAAAAAUCCCUGUUUUGUCUCCAGUCUCUGAUUUCCAUUUGCCUUCACUCUCUUGCUUUUUCUUCCUUUCCUUCUUUGAUUCCUCUUUUUUCUCAUUCAAGAUUCCUUCUCUAUAUUCUUUUGACUCACUUAUUUCGAGUUUACUUUCUCUGGGUUUUUUUAAAUUCGUUUGCUCAUUAUGGUUUUUUUUCUUGAAUAAUGUUUGAAUCUUUGUCUGAAAAUUUGAGGUGAAUAAAAAAAAAAUGGGUGGUCUUAACAGGGUGGAAGUGAUAAACAGCAAAGGUUGUUCGAGGUUGUUUGUUGGGUUCUCGCCUUCAGUACCUUCAUUUAGAAGUUUCCGAUCAUUUGAACCAAUGUCCCCUGCUUCUACCUCUCUUGGCUCUGAACCGUUAACGGUUCGAUCCACCGGUCCAUUUUCUGGUCUGGUUAUUUGCGUUACUGGCUUAUCUAAAGAAGCAAGGAAACAAGUCAUGGAAGCAACGGAGAGAUUAGGUGGUCAAUAUAGUCCUAGUUUACAUCCUCAAUGUACCCAUUUGGUGGUCCAGAGCGUUAGCGGACGCAAGUUUGAGCAUGCUUUAAAACAUGGAUCAAGAAAUGGUCUGUUCGUUGUUACACUUGGAUGGUUUGUGGAUAGUGUCAAGAGGAAUGUAAGGUUAAGUGAAUCACUCUACACUGUGAAGGGUGUUGGAGAACAUGGCACACGUGUAGAUGAGUUGAAUCGGCUUGUUAGGUCUACUGCUACUGAAAGUUCAUGUCUUCCUGCUGGUUUUCACGAAGGCAAGAAAUUUGGCAUGAUGGAAAAACCAAAUGUACGAUUUUCUGGUAGAGAUCUUAAUAAAAGUAUGGACGCAAUGCUAUCUGGUCAUACUAUGUACAUUGAUUCUGAUAUUUCAGAUGAACUGCGGAGUAAGGUUCUUGAGGCAGUUUCUAAAGAAGGGGCCACAGUUGUAGAUCGAUGGUUUAUUGGUUGCAGUGCAAGUCAUGUAGUGUGUGAAGGGAAUUCUAUCCAACAAUAUAUUGGCCACUCUAACAACAUUGUUACGCCACUGUGGGUCCUGAAAACAGCUAAGGAUAGGUGUCUGCAGAGGCUUGUUCACAUGUCUGCUGAUUUGGCUAGGCAGAUUGGGGCAGUGCUUGAAAAUUCUCAUAAUGGCAUUAUAGGAGAGGAAAAUAAUGUGGCCAAUUUCACUCAAGAUACUCAGAGCUUCAGAAGGAAUGCAAGUCAUGAAGAGAGGCAACAGAUUGUUCAUUUAGCUAAAACUGGGGUUAGAAAUCGUCGCAGUCGUCGUAUGCAGACUUGUCAAACCCCAAUCCGUCCAAUAAGCCCAAGCAGUCUCCUGGAUUCAAUUUGCUGGUCAAUAUCUGAGCCUACUUCAACUGCUUCUAUUUACACCGACUCUUUUAGUAGUGAAGAUGCUAGUGAUCAUCAAUCUGUAUUCUUUGAUGCAAAUGGGGAUGGCAAGGACUAUGGGGCCUCUUUUACUAACUUAACCCGGUCACUUACAGAAAGUGAGAAAAAUGAGUUGAUAUUCAAAAACCACUUUCUUACAAUACAAUUUCCGGUUGAUCGAUUUUCUGAGAUGGGGCCUUCUUCACAGACAUAUUUCAGCGAUAACGGCUUUACAUGUUUGCAGGUUUUGGAUUAUAUAUAUGCCUUUUAUCAGGAGAACAUGUCAGCUCAUGAAGUAGAGGCUGCUAUUCACACCGACUCACGGCAUGCUGACCGGCUUCGAGCAGUGUACUCUAGCAAAGAGACAGUAGACUGUGGAUAUGUAAAUUUCAAACGAAUUGACUUCUUAGGAAGUCGUAAAAGCUUUGAAAUGUUGAAGCGUGUUAGUGGAGAUAAUAACAGUAAUGUAUAUGAGCUCCUGAUUAGAGCCUAAAAUGUCUUUGCGUUGGGUACCUUUCAUCAUAUACCACGACUGAAGAUGGAUUGAGCCUUCAGUCGCAGCAUCAACAUUUCAAGGAGAAUAAUGAAAAGAAACAAAAAAAAAAAAGGAAAAGAGUAGAAAUACAUCUUAUUAUGGCAUUACCCUUCUUUAAAUAUACAACAUUUUUUGGCAAUGAGGAGUGAAUUUAUCGAA